AGACAACUUCGUUACGCUUCGAGAAAGGGGCGGGGUCUGCAACGUCGUACUGAACGAGGGGACGCAACGGAGGCAGGCCGGAGCCGCUGCCGUCGCCAUGACCCGCGGUAACCAGCGCGAGCUCGCCCGCCAGAAGAAUAUGAAAAAGCAGAGCGACUCGGUUAAGGGAAAGCGCCGAGAUGACGGGCUUUCUGCUGCCGCCCGCAAGCAGAGUGCCCCAUCAUCUCUACCCCCAGGGACUCGGAGAUCAUGCAGCAGAAGCAGAAAAAGGCAAACGAGAAGAAGGAGGAACCCAAGUAGCUUUGUGGCUUCGUGUCCAACCCUCUUGCCCUUCGCCUGUGUGCCUGGAGCCAGUCCCACCACGCUCGCGUUUUCUCCUGUAGUGCUCACAGGUCCCAGCACCGAUGGCAUUCCCUUUGCCCUGAGUCUGCAGCGAGUCCCUUUUGUGCUUCCUUCCCCUCAGACCCUGAACAUCAUCCUACGGAUGGAGUUGAGGUCCUAAGAAGGAAGGCUGCAAGACCUAAAUUUAUGCCCCUCUUCCUCAUCCUUCCUCAGUUUGUUUGCCUGCUUGGAAGUUGGCCCAGAUCCUGCUGCUCACUGACUUCCCAUGGUUUUCAGAAGAGUGUCCCAGGCCCGCCUCCAUCCUACCUGAACCAGUUGGUGAGGGUAACCAUGACAUAGAGUGAUGCAAGGAAGAAGACGAAGUGGAAGCCAGAAUAGCUAUAGGAGAGCUGCUGGGCUUGCACUGGAGGAGCUGGAGCUGUCUCUUGGUUAGCUGGCCUGGCAGCCCCACCUCUUUGCGCUGGAGAGAGGAAAGGACUGCUGGCAGCAGUGCUGCUGAAACACCUCUUCCCUCCUCCCCCAUCUUCUUUUGUGACGGCACUUGAGGGCUCUUUGGCACUCUGCAGAAAUCUACACUUACGGAUCCUCACUUGACACUCACCUUCCUCUGGCUCCACUGUUUCAGGGCAGCAGAAACAGAGUGAGGGCUUUUGUAAAACAAAAGGCAGCAUGUUUUGGAAUGACUUUAAAAAGAAUGUCUGGGUAACAGUAUAGGAAACUCCUCUUCUUUGAAAAGAUUGGUGUGGUGUAAAAAUGGAGGCACACCUGGGUUCAAAUUCUAGCCUCAGUAUACAACUGGCUAUGGGAACUUUGGUAAGAUGUUUAACCUCUGUGCCUCAAUUUCUCCAUUUGUAAAAUGGAGCAAAUACCUACCUCACAGGGUUGUUGUGAGGAUUAAAUUAAAUGAGAUUAUGUAUGUAAAGUAUCUAGCACAGUACCUAGCACAUUGUGGGUACUCAAUAAAAGGUAAUAGCAGCUAGAAUCUGAGCAUUCUGGGUAGAGGUUGAUAGGAUUUGUGUGUGUCUGUGACUAUGUGUGAGGGGGGAGGGGUAUUGGGGAUAUUGAGCUCUCCAUCCUCACCUGGAUCUCACAGCUGUAAACCUUGACAAUCCACAAGGGCCCAAAUACCUCAGCAAGGUAGGAAGCCUCAUUGCUGAGAAGGAAGAGUUGGUUCUCAAGCUGGUCCAGUCAAAUAGCAGGAGGAUUGCCUGAGGGCAUUUACUGCUAGCUGGUUGGUCCAUAUUAGUAACUCUCAGGAGGGUACUGCGCUCCUGGAGCCCUUUUCCGCCAGAGAUUUAGAAAUGUUUUCAUGUGAGGGCCCUGAAGUCUUUAUACAUUUAAAAAUUCUCAAGUCAUUUCCCCU